ACACGAACGUAGCACUGAGAAAAUAAACCAAUUCCAAGUGUGUACGAGUGAGAGUGAGAGCGAGAGUGUGGAGUCGAGUCGAGUCGAGUCUAACCUCACGCCUCCACUCAAUAUUGUAGACCUACAAGAUGGCGUCAAGUGUUUGGAACUCACUAACUUGCAAUAACUUGUUUGUUGCUUUCGCUGCCGUUACUGGGUUUGUGGAGAAGAAAGAAGGCCAGAAUGUGGAUUAUGUGUUCGUUGUGGAGGUGCUGUGGUCCGAUGGACGGACCACUUACGUAAAACGGACUUAUAAUGACUUCGAAGCGUUACAAAGGGACUUGGAAACCUUCGUUAAAACCGAGAAACAUACAUUUGAAGGUUCCAACCCAUUCCCCCGUUUAGAAGGACGCAAAUUUUUCCGUAAAAAUGAUCGCAAAUUAGCUGAAAGCCGAGAAUUGGAAUUACACAAAUUUGUAAAAGAGAUUUUGUUGAUGCAUCCACAGAUGUCCAGUAGUCCAGUUAUUGUUGAGUUCUUUGAAGCCCGUUCGCAUGACCCAAUUCCACCGAUGAGAGAACCUUUGGAAACCACAGACUUCUACGAGAUGGACGAAUACGAUGCCUACACAUGAACACCACCCAAGACAGUCUCUGCUGCUGUUGAUGUACAUAAAACAAGGAACAGGCCUGGCUCUAGCUACUAUUGCUACCAAAAAUUUGGUACGGUUCUAAAGAAGACGUGAACAACUGUUGAAUUCAGUUUAUUAUUUUUUUUUUGUAUACAUAUAAUAAUAAUAAUAUUGUUUUUGUUGUUAUCCUUUUUUUUUUAUCUUAAGAUCUGAGAAAAAUAUCUCUAUGAAUUUCUCCACACAAGAGAAAAUUGUGUGUUUUUGAUUGUGUGUAUAUAUAUACAUAUAUAUACAAACAUAUUCAUACAUAGAGUGAAAGAAUUGAAAUCUUAUUUGUCUUCUUUGGUGACUUUGUUUUUUAACCUUUGAACUCUGGUUUGUCACAACUAUUGUAAACAUCAUUAAUAUCUUCAUUGCUUUCAUCAGCAUCCUCAUCAGCUGUAACAACAGAAACACCACUGAAUUAAUUGAAUUUCACCAAAUGUUUGUCUGAAGGGAACUCACCUUCACAAAACCUACUAACGACCCCACCCCCCGCCUCCGUGUUUCGUCUUCACUUUGAAUCUUUGUAUUUAUAAAACGACAUCCAGUAAACGUGUAUCAUUUCUUGUGGACUGCACUCUUCUUGUAUGCUAACUUUAAACUAAUCGAGUGAGAGUGUAUGUGUGUGUGAGUGUGAGUGACAUGGUCAAACCAGACAAUCUUCGUGUCUUGUUUUUGUUGAUGUUGUUUUAUUUCUGACAGAAGAUAAUAUUUUCUUCUUUCCCUCAUCUUUGCUUUUCUCUGGGGAUCUUCCGACUGAGAGAAGAUAUUCUAUUUCACUUUCAUCUCUGCCGUCUUCUGCUGCUCUUCUCAGUAUCUAUUAAAACCACCUCCUACUCACACAACACACACACAUAUCCUUCUUUACCAAUGUUUCCAAUUUAUUCCAACCUCAAGCAUUUUCUGAUAAAUUAAUUGUUGUGGAAUUUAAAAAAACAAAAACAAAAUAGGAAUUACCCCCCCCCCCCUCAAAUUACCAAAUUUUCAUUAUUCACUGCCUGACUGUCAAAUACUAAAUAGGUAAUAUUUAUUAACUGUCAGCUGCCAUCACAAUAAACCAAAAUAUUGGAACAUAUUCUUUCUCUCACCAUUUAAUUACUUUCAAUUCAAACAAUAAUUGCCGAAUAUUGUUGACGAAAAAAAUACAACAAUAUAUAAAACAAACAGAAUAAAUUAAAUCUGUAAUUACUGCUGUUGUUAAUUAAUCAAAUUUGUUUAAUCAAAUCUGUGUUUGUUGAUUUUUAUUUCUAACACAUUGUUAGUAAAAAAAAAAAAAAAGUGAGUUUGAAUGACUCAUUACCAUAGCAACGGGCAGUGACUCAUCUCCAUAGCAAUUGAGAUGCAUAAAAGUCAACAGACCAAUUUUAAAAAAAAUACCACUCUAUUGUGUUCAUAGAAAAAAAACAAAAAAAAGAUGACUAAAAAAUCUCAGCUGAUAGAAAAUCCUCACAGACAAACUCCGACGUGGUUCUGGUCCCCUUCUUGCUCAACCCGGUCCUCACCCAUUUUCUCUCUAGAUCUCUUCACACCCUCACCCAACGUCUUCCUUACUACAAAAGAUUCUCUCAAGCUUACUGAACAUCUUAUCAACCAUCAACAGACUCGUUUUUUCCAACAAAUAAUCUCAGACAACCUCCCCCCACCUGCAGGAAAACUUCUUCUGUCUUCAAAAUGUUUGGGGGUAGAUGGAGGGCAGGGUUAAAUUUUACCGAUUUCUUUACAUCUUUCAAUGUCUUUAUUCCUGCAACUAAAUUGUUCCAUUAAAAUAUUUAUUGGAAACUCUGCAAAAAUAUUCCGACUCCACCAAAAUGAAAUCUUUUGGAAAAACAAACGGAAAUCUUUUUGCUUAGAAUCUGUCAUUCUAAAUAAAGUCUGUUAAUUACGUCAGUCGUUAUUGGCAUCAAGCUGAACCAUUUCAUCCUGAUUUUGAGACUGUCCUGAAGGAAUUAUUAUUAUUGAGAAUCUCUACUAAAAUGGUUAGAUUUUUCCAGAGGAAUUUCCCUAAGAUAAAAUCUCUGUAUUUGGAAUUUUGUUGGAUAAAGUUUUUCAGUAUUUUCUCACAAAAGAACAAUUAACCAUUUUCUAAACAAACAAAAUAGAAAUCUCUUUUUUUUUACAUUUUUCAUUUCCUUGAAUAAAUAUUUGUUUUAUACAAAAUAUUUUUUCUGUUUCUUGGGAAGGUCAUGACCCCCCCCCACUCCAAUACUAUUUCACUAUUUAUUCUUUAUUUACCUUUUUUUAAAAAAUAUUCCUUCAGUUUUAAUGCUUUUGCAAAAAUCAAGUGUUUAGUUUAGCAAUCGUAUAUAAUGUAUCCACCUAUCUAAAAUAAUGUGAGGUUGCUAAGCAAUCAAAGCAGCAUUGUAUAUAUAUCUAUGUACUUCCUUCACUUAUGACCCUGGCAAGGGCUGAUGGAUGAGUGCCACACCAAUUUGGUUUGCCCUGUUCUUAUCAAAUCAGUCAAAGUAGAACCAAAAGAGUCAUCACUUAGUGUUUGACAAGAUCUUUUUACUUUUGUCGACUUUCAAAGCCAUUUGUACAAUUCUGCUGCAGCAUUUCAUUGGUCGAAGCCCGUGAUUCCCACUGGUGGGGCAUGGUAGGAUUUUGGUGAGGGGCAUGCUUAGGAUUAAGUUGAAUUUAUACCUUCUGUACACAAUGUUUAGUAUACCAAAAAGAGAAAGGGGGCAACUCGAGAAUGAGUUGAUAAAAAAAAAUCUUUACAUCCCUUCCAGGGAUAUAAAAAUUUUAUCAAAUUUUGACACUUUAGAGACAUCAGGUCAUUCACAUCAUUUUUCAGGUGUUCAUAAGAUUGGAUGUCUCUAAAGUGGAAAUUAUCUUAUUUCCACUUUAGAGACAUCAGGUCAUUUAAGCUGUUCAGAAGAUCUGAUGUCUCUAAAGUGGAAAUAAGAUUAGUGUGUGUUUCUUACACAUUUUUAAAGAAAAUUUUGUUUCCGAGUAAUAUUGUAAGCAUUAAUCAUAUUUUGAAUAACAAAAAUUAAAUAUCAGGAUUUUAGAAAUGAUUUGAAGGGGAAUGGCCAAAAAUCAGUUGGGAACCAUUUAAGACUUACCUUUGAAUUUGCUGAUUCUGACCAAUAUAUUUAUUCUUUGAUUAGCAUUCAGUAAUUAUCAAUGUAUAAUUACAUUUUCUAUCUCGUCAGUUUUCUUUUUAUCACAAUGGUCACUGUUAAUUAAUUGAUGACCAUAGAUAUUAAUUAAGGGUGGUCUCCGUUCCAUUCAAAAUGACCCUCAGCAGAUUCCAAUAAACCCAGAACUAAAUGAGAAGAGCCAACCAAAGUCUCUCCAGUUUGAUAUUUAAGAAAAAAGAAAACAUAGCAAACCUGUUUGUAGCUGUGAAAGCUAUUCUUUAUAAUUCAUGCAAAGAGCACAAUUUGAAGGUCUAGAAAUCUUGAAUAAUAAAUUCUUGCAUUGAGAAUCUUAUUUUCCAAGAGAUUCUUUUGCUAAAUCUACCUGAAAACCUGUUGUCUUUAAAAUUGUUUCAAGAAUAAACAUACAGACAUAUAUAUAUAUACAAAGGUUUAUUUACAGUGUCAACCCAUCUGAUAUUAUUAAUAGCAUCUCUUUGAUGGAACCCCUUUCAUCACAUCUCUGCUCUCGUCUCACACCCAUUUCUCUUGCAUUUAAAUCUUUCUUCAUUUCUUUGGCUUUUCUGUCAGGAAUUUUUGUUUUUCUUCUCAACAUUGACUGCCAACACUGGUGACCCUAAUUUUUUAAUUAACCUUUUUUUUUUUAUGUACUACUAAUGAAUGUGUUCAUUGCUUUAGCUGUUUUAUUUCUCCAACCGUGACGUGUGGCCCAGGAAGUUUCAUUAAUCCACGAUGCCAUAUCAUUUCAAGAGUUGCCAUUAUUGGUAUCUCUCCAGAUUAUGAAGUUCUUGGAUGUAGUCUGUCUGCCAUUAUUUUACUGUUAUCUCUUCUGUGAAGAGGAUCCUAACCAUCAAUCACUGGUAUUCUGGGGGGGGGGGUCUGCCAAUCAACAUCCUUCCCUCCCCCCAUUCCCAGCCCCACAAUGUCGACUGAUCUGGUAUCAGUGAGAAUCAGCAGAAGUGUUUAGACUUCGCCCCAAAUCAGUGAUUUUAAGCACCAACUUCUUCAGAUUGACUCUGAAAUCCCUCUUUAUCAGUAAAAUAUCUCUAUUAACAUAAUGGUGACAAAAAGCUGGACACAGACAAACUGUUUCCAGUCAAAGAACUGAAAAAUGGGGUCAAAAUUAUUUUUGCCAAUUCCAGCCAUCAACAGGAGAAAUAAAAACAUUUUGUUGUUUCAUAAAUUUUAGAGUUUCAGCUGAAACAUUUAAUCAAAACUGUUCAUCUUUCUCAAAUUGUUCGUUAGCAACCUGCACCAGGUUAAUUAAUUGUCAUGUCAACAUGUUAAUUAGUGUCAACAAAGAUUUUUCAAGUCAUAAAUUGGAGAUUCUCGUGUUGAAUCUCCAAUAUUUCUUUCUAGAUUGAAACUAAAUUCAAUUCCAAUUUGGAUUUCCAAGAUUCUGAAAUUCUUGAAGGUAAAAUAUGAUCAAGAAAGAUUCAAACAUUGAUUGGUUUGAACCAAAUCCACCCCAAUCAAAAUGUAUUUACACUAGCCCCUCUAUAAUAUGUAGAUAUAUAUAUACACACAUUUAUAUAUAUAUAGAUAUUUUCUCAAAAUGUUUCACUACAAAUUGAUCAAUUAUCAAAGUUAACUAAUUGGACAUUUCUAUAUUUCUAUUAAAGAUUUAAGCAAAAUGGAAUUUUUAAACUAAUGACUAUUCUUAGUUGAUUGAUUUUUCUUUUAUCAAUAAGAUUCUUCUGAAUAUUGACAUAGACACAUUGGUGUGUGUGUGUGUGUGGAAGACAGAAACAUGGGACCUUAUUUACAAGAUAUGUAAUUAUUAUAAUCAAGACACAUUGUCAAAUCAGAGAAAUGUGUAACUUUUAUAGGAAAGAAACAAAUGAAUGCAGUAGUGUUACCUAUAGAAAUUACACAUUCUCUGAUGAUUUGACAAGACUUAGUUAUUGCAAAUGACAUUAAUGCCUUGUGUCAAUGAAACAUGUGUCAGCUGGUGGAAGUAAAUAAUUUCUCAUGUUCUGGUGUGUGUGUGUUUGUGUGUACACACGUUUGUUAGUUUUAUGUUCUUUUUACCAUGCUAGUAUGGAAAGAACAGUUGUACAAGGAAGGAACACUUAACAGUGAAAGUGGAGCAUGAUACCCAGGUAUAUAAGGGUGGGAUUGACUUCUUGUUGUAUUCCGAUUCACUUUUGCUGAGGAAAUGGUUUUGUGAGAAUGUAAAAUUAUUAGAACGGGUGUACAAAUGGAAGAUUCAAAAUGUUGAUAGAUUCAUUACUUCCGAACUGUGUAUGUGUGU